AUGGAGGUUUCCGGCGAUUUCGCCUCCCCGUCGGAACAGGAAGACACGGCAAGCGAACGACAUCCGUUCGCGAGACGUAUGAGUACCAUGCUGGCCCGAAAUGUUGCUGGCACGCUGAAGGAGGUUGAGGAUGCAAAGGCUGCAUUGCACAAGCCUGCAAAUGCAGAAGAAGACACGGAGGAAGGAAGUCGCAGCGCAGCGGCCCGUACGGAGGAACUGUUGGGUGCAUCGCAAGCGGCAGCAAAAGCUGCGACGGAUUCCCUGAACCUGGCGGGCUUAAUUUGGCUGAAUAUACUGCUUAAAAAAUCCUUGGAAGUCGACAUGCGGAUGAGCACCACCAGGGUGCGGGAAGCAACUGCCACGCUACGCAGAGCAAUAGGGGAGGAGGCCCAACAGCAACACGAGCAUAUUGAAAUGUCUGCGGGUAAUAUUCAAGGAUUUGAAGAGCUUUUGGCCCAGUUCAACAGUGGGCAGGAGAAGGCACAGUCCGCUAAUGGUCUCAAUGAACUGGCUUCAGCUGUAGCGGAGAUGAAGCAAGCAGGCUUAAAACUCAUGAUGCUUGUUGAGGAACGUCAGAAGCAACCAACGAAACACUAA